GCCCGCGUCAUAGUAUUUUUCGUUAACGAGGUUCUUGUUAGCCAAUAUAAGCGACUCGAAGCUGAAGUGCGCACUUGUCAUUGCGCAUUCGUGACGAGCAGCAACUCAAGUCUUCGAAGAUGCGCACUCUCGGGGCUUCUCUUUUCGUUCUCGUCGCGAUCAGUGUCGCUUACUGUGACGUCCAAGAGCGCGGCCAUACCUACGUGACCAAAAAUGUGACUGUGGAAAGUGGUGCCUGCGUGUUUGAACGCAACGUUAUUCCGGAUGGUGAAACCAAAGCACUGAACAGCCCAUGCGUCCUUUCCACAUGCUACGCAGCUGACCGUAAAGUGAACUCGACUCUCUGCCCGAACAUCGGAGUUGAGGAGGGCUGCCAUGUGGAGUGGACCCCCGAUGGUGUAUACCCGAACUGCUGCCCGAAGCACGUGUGCCCCACGGCCCCUGCUAGUUCUUAAU